GGAGUAAUAAUGAAAGACAGAGGACCUGUUUUUGUGACAGCUUUCAGCCCACUGAGCAUGGUCAUCGUAGCUAUCAUGAGCUCAUUUAUUCUGGCUGAACAAAUGUACCUAGGAAGGGUACUUGGCGCAAUUUUUAUAGUUGCAAGCCUAUAUUUUGUUGUGUGGGGUAAAAGCAAGGAUUACGACUCCCUAUUCCCAUUAACUGACAACCAAACAGCACCAGCUAAGCAAACGAUGGAUCAAGAUAACAAUGGAGAUGGAAUUUCAUGUCAUGAGAUCAUCACCAUCAAUGCAUCUAACAAAGGAACCAUGACCAUAGAGGUACAAAAGUAUGAUAAAGGAAACCAGACCACAGCCUAGCUUAUGUGUUUUCUGAAAGUUAACAAGUUCAGACAAUUCAUGGCUAUAAAAACAGUAGUAGACCUCAUUUUCUGAAGCAUCUUCCUUUUGAAUAUAUUGUUUAUUAAUAGUAUGAUGCAGACCAUGAGGGCCAAAGAAGAAGAAAAAGAAAAAUUUGAAGAUUUAGUCCACUUUAAA